AUGGCGGCGGUCGUGCUGGGCCUGGCGCUGGCGCUGGCACUGGUGGGCGCGGCGGGCGCGGACGGCUGCUACGACGGCGCGGGGCGGGCGCGGCGCUGCCGGCCCGAGUUCGAGAACGUGGCGUUCGGGCGGCGGGCGGCGGCCUCGCACACCUGCGGCUCCCCGGAGGCCGAGGACUUCUGCCCGCACGUGCGCGCGCCGGGCGCGGGGACCCAGUGCCAGCGCUGCGACGCCGCCGACCCCGGGCGCCACCACAAUGCCUCCUACCUCACCGACUUCCACAGCCCCGACGACAGCACCUGGUGGCAGAGCCCGUCCAUGGCCUUCGGGGUGCAGUACCCCACCUCCGUCACCCUCACCCUGCGUCUGGGGAAGGCUUACGAGAUCAGCUACGUGAGGCUGAAGUUCCACACCAGCCGCCCCGAGAGCUUCGCCAUCUACAAGCGCAGCCACGAGGACGGCCCCUGGGAGCCCUACCAGUACUACAGUGCCUCCUGCCACAAGACCUACGGCCAGCCCGAGGGCCUCUAUCUUCGGCCUGGCGACGAGGAGCGGGUGGCCUUCUGCACAUCCGAGUUCAGUGACAUCUCCCCCCUGAGCGGGGGCAACGUGGCCUUCUCCACCCUGGAGGGCCGGCCCAGCGCCUACAAUUUCGAGGAGAGCCCAGGGCUGCAGGACUGGGUCACCAGCACCGAGCUCCUCGUCUCUCUAGAUCGGCUCAACACGUUCGGGGACGAUAUCUUCAGGGACCCCAGGGUGCUGCAGUCCUACUACUAUGCCGUGUCCGACUUCUCAGUGGGCGGCAGGUGCAAGUGCAACGGGCACGCCAGCGAGUGCAGUCCCGACGCGGCCGGGCGGCUGGUCUGCCGGUGCCAGCACAACACCACGGGCGCCAACUGCGAGCGCUGCCUGCCCUUCUUCCAGGACCGCCCGUGGGCCCGGGGCACCGCCCAGGCCGCCAACGAGUGCCUGCCCUGCAGCUGCAGCGGCCGCUCCAAGGACUGCACCUUUGACCUCGAGCUCUUCCGCAGCACGGGCCGAGGCGGGCGCUGCCACCACUGCCUCGACCACACGGCCGGGCCGCACUGCGAGCGCUGUGAGGAGAACUUCUAUCGCUGGGAUCAGAGGGCACCGUGCCGGCCCUGCGACUGCCACCCAGCAGGCUCCUGGCGCCUCCAGUGCGAUGCCUCAGGCACCUGCCCCUGCAAGCCCUCAGUGACCGGCUGGAAGUGUGACCGCUGCCUGCCCGGGUUCCACUCCCUCAGUGAGGGCGGCUGCAGACCCUGCACCUGCAAUGCUGCUGGCAGCCUGGACACCUGUGACCCCCGCAGUGGGCGCUGCCCCUGCAAAGAGAAUGUGGAAGGCAGCCUGUGUGACAGAUGUCGCCCAGGGACGUUUAACCUGCAGCCCCACAACCCAGCCGGCUGCAGCAGCUGCUUCUGCUAUGGCCACUCCAAGGUGUGCACGGCCACCGCUGGAUUCCAGGUGCAUCACGUCUUCUCCAGCCUUCGCCAGGGAGCCGGGGCCUGGCGCGCCAGGGGCACAGGGGGCGCAGAGCAGCCCGCAAGAUGGAGCCCGGGUGGGGUCCUCCUGGGCCCCGAAGACGAGGAGCUCACAGCACCAGAGCUGUUCCUGGGAGACCAGCGGCUCAGCUACGGGCAGCCGCUCACGCUGACCUUCCAGGUGCCCCCCGGGGGCUCCCCACCGCCAGCUCAGCUGAGGCUGGAAGGAGCGGGCCUGGCUCUGGCUCUGAGGCCCUCCAGCCAGUCGGCACCCCAGGACGCCGGGCAGCCAGGGCAGGCACAGCUCCACUUCCUCCUGCAGGAGACCUCCGAGGAGGCAGAGCCCCCGCUGCCAGCCUUCCACUUCCAGCGGAUCCUCGCCAACCUCACCGCUCUGCGCAUCCGGGCCAGCGGCCAAGGCCCAAGCUCUUCUGGUCCGGCACUCCUGAGUGAGGUGCGGCUCACUUCAGCUCGGGCCUGGCAAGGACUGUCCCCACCAGCCACCUGGGUGGAGACUUGCUCGUGUCCCCAGGGCUACAUGGGCCAGUUCUGCGAAUCCUGUGCUCCAGGAUACAAGAGGGAGACGCCCCGAGGGGGUCCCUAUGCCUCCUGUGUUCCCUGUACCUGUAACCAGCAUGGCACCUGUGACCCCAAUACAGGGACCUGCCUGUGCAGCCACCACACUGAGGGCCCCUCCUGUGAGCACUGCCUGCCAGGUUUCUAUGGCAACCCCUUCAAGGGCCGAGCCGACGACUGCAAGCCUUGUCCCUGUCCGGGCCAGUCGGCCUGCACUGCCAUCCCGGAGAGCGGCGAGGUGGUGUGUACACACUGCCCACGGGGCCGGAGAGGGCGGCGCUGUGAGAGCUGUGAUGAUGGCUUCUUUGGGGACCCGCUGGGGCUCUCCGCAGACCCCCAGCCCUGCCGCCAGUGCCAGUGCAGCGGGAACGUGGAUCUGAACGCCCUGGGCAACUGCGACCCCCUGUCGGGCCGCUGCCUGCGCUGCCUGCACAGCACGGCCGGGGAGCGCUGCGAGCAGUGCCUGGAGGGCUUCUACGGCAGCGCCCUGGCCUCUAGGCCCGCGGACAAGUGCAGGCCCUGCAGUUGCAGCCGGGGGGGCUCGGUGGCUGAGCAGAUGCCCUGCGACCCGGUGACUGGCCAGUGUGCCUGCCUGCCCCACGUGACCGGCAGGGACUGCAGCCUCUGCAGCCCCGGCUUCUAUGACCUCCAGCCAGGCAGGGGCUGCCGCAGCUGUGCGUGUCACCCCUUGGGCUCCCAGGAGAAGCAGUGCCACCCCGAGACCGGGCAGUGCCCCUGCCGGCCCGGCGUUGCAGGCCUGGCCUGUGACAGGUGUCAGCCGGGUUUCUUCGGCUUCUCCAUCAAGGGCUGCCGGGCCUGCAGGUGCUCCCCACUGGGCGCCGCCCUGGCCCAGUGCCACGAGAACAGCACGUGCGUGUGCCAGCCCGGCUUCAUGGGCUACAAGUGUGACCGCUGCCGAGACAACUUCUUCCCCACGGCGGGCGGCACGCUUUGCCAGGAGUGCCCACCCUGCUACGGCCUGGUGGAGGAGGAGGUGGCCAAGCUGAGGACCAGGCUGACCUUGAUGGAGGGGUGGCUACAGGGGUCCGACUGCGGCAGCUCCUGGCGGCCACUAGACAUUCCGCAGAGAGAAGCCCCCCAGGGGGACAGUGACCAGGGCCACCACCUGCUGUCAGGAGCGCGGGGAGCCCUGCUGGAGCAGCUGACGGGGCUGGAAGUCGCUGUGAAGGCCGCCUGGGAACAGCUGCAGGCGCUGAGCCAGGCCGCCCGCUGCACGCAGGCCAGAGCUGGGAAGACCUGCACCCAGCUGGCCGAGCUGGGGGCCACCCUGGAGUCCUCACAAGACGAGCUCCUGCACACGGCCGCCGCUCUCACUUCUCUGACGACUCCCCAGGACUGGCCUGGACAGCCCUCCAGCUGGAGCCAUCUGGCCACUGAGGCCCGUGCCCUCGCCAGGGGCCACAGGGACACCGCUGCCAAGAUCGAAGCCACCGCGCGCCGAGCCCUGCUGACCUCCAACACCAGCCAGGCGCUCCUCUGGGGCCUGGAGGAUGGGAGGGUGGCCCUGGAGGCCCAGCAGGACCUGGAGGACAGGUACCAAGAGGUCCAGGCGGCCCAGAAAGCCCUGGGCACAGCUGUGGCACAGGAGCUUCCGGAAGCCAAGAGGCUGCUGGCCUCCGUGCAGCGAGGCAUAGCUGACGCGGCCCCUCGCCUGGCCUCGCCGGCCGCCCCUGCAGUCCUGCCCCAGCCCGGGGACCUGGACUCCAAAGCACGGGCCCUGGAGCAGAAGGUGGCAUCGAGAGAGCGCACGGCCAGGGAGGCUGCCGGGACCCUCCAGGCCUCCGCCCGGGUGGUGCUGCAGAGGACAGAGCCCCUCAUGCAGCUGCGCCAGGAGGCCACAGCUGCUCUGGGCCAGGCUUCCUCGUCUGUCCAGGCUGCCACGGUGACCGUGACGGGAGCCAAGACCCUGCUGGCUGACCUGGAAGGAAUGAAGCUGUGGUUUUCUGGGCCCGAGGACCAGGCCGAGCUCCAGAGGAGAGUAGGCAUGGUCAGAGACCAGCUCCUGGCAGAUGGGAGAAGGAAGACCAAGCAGGCAGAGAGGAUGCUGGGAAACACAGCACUGCUGUCCUCCAGGGCCAGAGAGAAGAGCAGAGAAGCAGAGCUGCUGGCCAAGGACAAUGCCAAGGUCGCCAGGGGCUCGCUGCGGGAUGGGAAACAGGGGCACCGCCGUGCCAGCCAGCUGGCCAGCCAGACACAAGCCACGCUCCAACGGGCCUCGAGACUAGUGCUGACCUCAGGGGCUCGAAGACAGGGGCUGGAGGAAACUGAGCAGGUGGGUGCAGGGCUGAGCACCAUGGAGCAGCAGAUCCGAGAAUCGCGCGUCUCCCUGGAGAAGGACGUCGAGGCCUUGGCAGAGCUGCUUGCUGGGCUGGGAUCCCUGGAUACCCACGGAGCCCCUGGCCACUCCCUGAACGAGACCCAGAGGGCCUUGGAAGGAUUGAGGCUUCAGCUGGGCUCACAGGGGGCCCUUCAGGGAAAACUGAGGCUGCUGGAGCAGGAGUCCAAGCAGCAGGAACUGCAGAUCCAGGGCUUCAACAGCGACCUCGCCGAGAUCCGCACCGACAAGCAGAACCUGGAGGCCAUCCUGCGCAGCCUGCCUGAGCUCUGUGCUGGCCGGCAGUGAGGGCACUGAGCCUGGAACCCUCUGCCUGGCUCUCUGUGUACUGGGCCGGGCACAGUGCCACAGCUGCUCCUCACCCUGGUGUCAGUAACACGCCCCUGUGCAUGUAUAUGUGUCUGUGUAUCAUGCACACAUGUGUUCAGAUCCAUCUGUGCACGCACACACACAGAGCAGUGCUGCUUGGCCAGCAGGCCAGGCCCACGCCUGGCAGGGACAUCAUUGUCUUUUCUGGACCUUUCCCUCCCAGGCGCCAGGUCACCCUACACCCAGCAGCCGGUAAUUUGCUCAAAGCCAGGCCCUGGAGGGUCUGAAAGGCCUUGGGUCACAGGCCCCUGAACUGGCCACAGAAACUCCCCUCUGUGCCCUCACUCACCUGCUUAACCUUUGGCGGACACUUCCUGAUCCAGCCCUCGCCCCCCCGCUGCCAAGGAGGCUGCAGGGUGUGGAAGCCUGGCCACCAUUCCAGUCUGUCCUACCCUGCCUGGGACUCCCCAGCAUUUCCUCCUGCCCAGUCCUGGGCCCUCUUCUGGCAGGCAGCAGGGCCUUGGCACCCAGAUGACAGGCGCCUCUGUGGCCACAGUCCCUCCGUGGCUCCCUUGUCCCCAUCUGGCAAACAGGUGGCAAAUGGAUCAGUUCUGCCUGUGAGGAAAUAAAGGACCCUUUACUGA